UACGUCACGCGCUGCAUAGCAGUUCGAUACAUUUGUCAAAACGGAGACCUGCUCGCUGGCGCGUGGGCGUACAGAGAAUGCUUUAAAAACCUCGUAAGGGGGAAUAUUGCAUAUUAGCUGCAGACCCCCUGCUUAAAUUCUGUCGCUCUUACCCUUGUGAAUUCACAGACUCGCAUGGUGUGAAGGCUUGGCCAUGCGGAUGAAUUCUGGGAGCCACGUAGAGGCGCCCCUUGGGCCCGGGCUCCACGUUCUCCUGUUCUGGACCAAAGAGGGCGAACGCUACCUGUCGCACAGGGAGGGACAGGUGACUGCUGAGGAGCUGUCAAUCCUCGCAGCCCAGCAAGUGGGUAUCACCCCUCUGUGCCACAGUCUGUUUGCUCUGUACAGCCCCUCCUCCUGCUGCUGGUACAGCCCCAACCACACAUUCAACCCGGAGACCAGCCUCGUCCUGCACUUCCGCAUGAGGUUCUACUUCAGGAACUGGCACGCGACCGACAAGGAGCCGGCCGUGUACCGGCACGCCCCCCACACUGCCAGCCGGCCUGACGCCGGCACUGCGGACGCAGAGCAAGGAGGCGCCCCUCUCCUGGAGCAGCCGUCCCUCGAGUACCUGUUCGCCCAGUCGAAGUUUGACUUCGUGAAUGACGUUGCGCCCCUGCCAGAGGCUGGCAGGGGGGAGGAGCUGAGCCGCUUUAAGAAUGAGAGUUUGGGCAUGGCCGUCCUGCACCUAUCCCACGAGGCACUGCUCUCUGGAUGUACGCUGCAGGAAGCAGCCAAAAAGAUCAGUUUCCAGCAGUGCAUCCCGCGCUCCCUGGCGCAGCUGAUGAUGCGGGACAGCUGGCUGACCCGGCUGCGGGUCCGCCGCGUGUUCGGCCAGUUCGUGCGGAGCUUCCAGCUGCACACGGUGGGCGUCGGCCGGCUCGGCCUGCAGGACCUCAUGUACAAGUACCUGUCCACCCUGGAGCACCUGGCGCCCAGCUUCGGCUCGGAGACCUUCCCCCUCACGCACCUGAGCCUGCAGACCGAGUGGGGCGGCAACAGCGCCUACCUCAGUGCCCCGCCCACGGCCCCGCCCACAACCAGCGUCACUCACCAGAUCAUGGUCUCGGGCACGGCCGGUGUCCAGUGGAGGGAGGUGCCUCAGCCCCAGCCCCCGGCAGCCCAGGAAAACCACCGUGUUGUGAAAGGGAAUGGAGGGUUUCGAAAACGGGGUGAGCCCCUCCUGCAGCAGCAGGAGGACGACGCCCCCAUCACGUGGAGCACCUUCUGCGACUUCCCUGACAUCUACCACAUCCGCAUCGCUGGAGCCCGCGUUUGCAUCACCCUGCAGGACAACGUCUCCAUGGACGUGUGCCUGGGCUCCAGCCUGCAGGCUCGCUCCUUCGUCUCUCUGCUCGAUGGCUAUUUCCGCCUGACCGCUGACGCCCAUCACUACCUGUGUCAGGAGGUGGCCCCGCCCAGAGUGGUGCUGAGUGCAAACAACGGCCUGUACGGGCCCAUACGGGAGGACUUUGCUCUGCAGAGGCUGAGGAAAGAAGGUGGGGAGCAGGGGGUGUUCCUCCUGCGCUGGAGCAUUCUAGACUUUCACCGCAUCAUCUUAACCGUCAUCAACAGUGCCCAGAACGGUGUUGGCUGUCACCGGCAGUUCCGCAUCCAGCAGAAGGGGGCGCUGUUUCUCCUGGAGGGCUGGGACCGGGAGUUCAGCAGCAUCAGGGAGCUGGUGGACAGCCUGAAACCCUGCCUUCUGAAGUCCGGCCAGGACUGCUUCACUGUGAAGAAGUGCUGUGUGCCAAGAGCCGGAGAGCUCACAGACCUGACUGUAGUUCGGGGUCAUAAGGUCAUUCUGGGUGACUCCAAUGCCCUGAACCUGAGCCAACUACGUUUCCACCAGAUCAGAGACAAGGAGAUCACACAGGAGCAGCAUUUGGGGCGGGGCACCAGGACCAACAUCUACUCCGGUUGGCUGCGGGUUUGGGCUGACGAGGAUGAGGACGACGGCUUCGGCGAGCGGAACAACAACCAGGGCAAGGACAAGGGGAUCCGCGUGGUGCUGAAGGUGCUGGAGCAGAGCCACAGGGACAUCGCGCUGGCGUUCUUUGAGACUGCUAGUCUGAUGAGUCAGGUGUCUCACAGUUACCUCGUUUUUGUCCAUGGGGUUUCUGUCAAAGGAUCAGAGAACAUCAUGGUGGAGGAGUUUGUGGAAUUUGGGCCGCUGGACGUUUUCCUGCAGAAAGAAAGGGGCGUGGUCACUCCCCAGUGGAAAUUCAUGGUUGCUAAGCAGCUGGCAAGUGCCCUGAGCUACCUGGAGAAGAAGCGUCUGGUCCACGGCAACGUUUGUGCGAAGAACAUCCUGGUGGCUCGGAAGGGUUUGGAGGAGGGCACAGCCCCCUUCGUCAAACUUAGUGACCCGGGCAUCGCCGUCACCGCCCUCUCCCGGGAAGAGCGUGUGGAGCGGGUGCCCUGGCUGGCCCCGGAGUGCCUCACCCUGUCCAAGGGGGGGCGCCUGGGGAACACCGCCGACCAGUGGAGCUUCGGGGCCACGCUGCUGGAGAUCUGCAAUGACGGGGUCCUGCCCAUGAGCAAGAGCACGCUCGCUGAGAAAGAGCGGUUUUACGAGACGAGGAGUCACCUGCCGGAGCCCUCGUCCGCGGAGCUGGCCAGCUUCAUCAGCAUGUGCCUGACCUACGACCCCGCGGAGAGACCGUCCUUCCGCACCAUCCUCAGAGAGCUGACUGACCUGCAGUACAAGAAUCCUGAUAUCUCCUCCAAGUUUGAGUCCGUCCCUGAAGCAGAUCCCAGCGUCUUCCUCAAGCGCUACCUGAAGAAGAUUCGAGACCUGGGAGAGGGGCAUUUUGGGAAGGUGAUACUGUAUGUGUAUUUCAGGGGCAUUUUGGGAAGUGGAGGAGGCGGGGCUCAGCCCAACGGAGGCUGGAGGAAGGAGAUUGACAUCCUCAAGUCUCUUUACCACCAGAACAUCGUCAAGUACAAGGGCUGCUGCUCUGAACUAGGUGGGCAGGUGGUGCAGCUGAUCAUGGAGUACCUUCCGCUGGGCAGCCUGAGGGACUACCUGCCCAAGCACCACGUGAGCAUGGCGCAGACGCUCCUGUUCGCCGAACAGAUGUGCCAGGGAAUGGAGUACCUGCACUCCAAGCGCUACAUUCACCGGGACCUGGCCGCGCGGAACGUCCUGGUGGAGAACGAGAACAUGGUGAAGAUCGGGGACUUCGGGCUCAGCAAGUACAUCCCGGAAGGGGAGGUGUACUACCGGGUCCGCGAGGACGGAGACAGCCCCGUGUUCUGGUACGCCAUCGAGUGUCUGAAGGAGAGCAAGUUCUCCUUCUCUUCUGACGUCUGGUCCUUCGGAGUGACGCUGUACGAGCUUCUGACCCGCUGCGACCACCGACAGAGCCCUCCCACGAAAUUCUUUGAGAUGAUGGGAGCUGUUCAGGGACAGAUGACAGUGAUGAAGCUGAUUGAUCUGCUGGAGCGACGCAGAAGACUGCCCUGCCCCCGAGACUGCCCACACCAGGUGUACCUGGAGAUGCAGCGUUGCUGGGAUGCUGACCCUGGCCAACGCCCCUCUUUCGAGUCCCUAAUCACCUCUCUUGGAGAGAUUCGCAAAACGUACCAGCAGCACCCAAUGAUCCAGCUGACCCAGGUCAACCCCUGCUGACCGCCCCUUUGCCACGCCCAGACACCGCCCCCCCCCCCCGACCACAACCCUUGAUUGCACUUAACUUUGCACAGAAGCGUAAGAGCCUGACAUCCGUGCCACCUUACUGCCAGCCACCACGCCGCCAGCCUUGCCACGCCCAGAGAUGACAUUAUGCCUGUUUCACCAACGUGACAGGGGGGACCCCUGCUGUGUGGGGACCCCUGACGGUGUGUUCCGCAGGACGCUUGCACCCCCUGACGCUGAGGCUGCCCUGAACGGAAUGACGCUGUCGGUCUCUACCACUCAGGUGGUCUAAUCUGCAAAGCUGCGCUUAGUCUGGAGGCUGUGGGCUUAGCUGCUGAACACUGACAGAUGGAAGGAUUUUUUUCCCCUUUUUUUUUUUUCCAUAUCAUUUGUGUUUUACUGUUUUUUUUUGUUUAUUUAAAAAAAAAAAAAGGCAUACUAUGCAGGAUUUUUAGCCUUGCUGUGGUCCUGUGUUUACAGUCAAGGUCUCUUACAGUCUCCUCCUCCGUCCGCAUCCCCACCCACUCACCUCCCUUGAGGGCACAAAACACCCUUGAGCGCAACAACAAGCGUAGCUAGCUGGACAGCUAGAGGCAAUGGUACUUUGCUGGUUCAACAGAAACCACGCCAACUCCACGUCGCUGUUCAUCCCCCUUGGUGAGCUUCAGCUGUCGCCAUCGAGGAAAAGCAAUUCCAGGGUUGGCUCUGGUCUUUGAACGAGCCGUGUGGGCUUGUUGUUUCACUCCGCUGUGCUUGCGUUUCUUCAUCUCCGCCAUUGCAGUGGCUCUGCUGACAAACGCUCUGCUGAAUCCUGAUCCCAUCCCACGGGCUCUGUGGCCACCCCCCCCACCACUCCCCACAAAGAAAGGCGCGCUCAGAAACAUCCCAGACACGUCUUAGAAAUACAGACGGUGCACAGAUUUUUGCAAAUGUGCACGAAGCUGGAGAUUGCCAGUCCAUCAUAGAUAUGUCUGAGCAUGGUUAUUUUAUAAUAUUUCCAAGGUAAAAAUCCUGCAUAGUACCGUAUGCCUUUAAAUGAUCUUACACUCUGAUGAUCUUAAUGUAUAUAGAACUGCUGCCUUAAAAACUGAUUUAUUUUCUAUUAAUUUUAUAUGUGAAUGGAAGGUCAGUAAAAUUUUAUGGAAGGGCUUUUAUGAGAAGUACCAGUGAACUUGCUCAACAUGCAAUGAUUACCAAAUAAAUACAAAUGAACAAAGCAGGUUGCUAUAAGAUCCAAAUAAUGCUGUUUACCUUGUUGUCUUAGAUCUGCAAUCAUGUCCUAACAGAGAUAUAUUUCCCCGCAUAAAUGUGACAUCUUUUUCAACCUCUGUAAUAAUGAAGUUUGAGUGUCUAUAUGUUUGACAGAGAGAAUGUGUGUAUCCGUGUAGGUGUGUCGUACGUGAGUGCUUAUAUGUGUAUGUUAAUGUGUGACGUGAUCAAUGUGUAAAAUGUCUAUAUGAAGUACGCUGGUAAUAAAAUAAGAAUACAGCGCAUCACCCAGA